AUAGCAGCCAGAUUCAGCUUGGUAAACAAAGCGGACACCUAACGUUAGCGAGCUAACUGUUAUCCCAAUACAUUUUUUGCGAAAAACGGUCGAAAAUUUAGAGUAAAACUCAUACGCGGACAGUUUCCAAACGGUGUUCAUUGUUAUUUAAUUAUUUUUUUCUUUCUAAUGACAUGAUAUGUAAUUUAAUAGUUUUUAUGGAUCGUAUGUAGCUAACCAGUAGCUAACUGGUUAGCCUUUCAGUGAGGCUGCAUUGAUUUGUGUAACGUUAGUGUGCAAAAUGAAACGGAAUUGCAUGGUCAGUACUGUAAGUGAUAGACUGCUAAUUAGACGAUGUAGCUUAGUGGACAAUUUGUAGUUAAUUUCGCCCUUAUUCUCUAAUAGGAGACAUAACAAAAUGCCUGUACCUAUAUCUGUGCGAAUCACUCGGAUAGGCAGAUAAAAGCGUGCUAGCAGAUAACGGUUUGAUUGAAAACACACACAAAAAAGAAAAUCAGUCAGGAACUUUAGUAAUACGCCAAAACGGUUGUCAUGAAAUAAUAAAAUCCAAGUUUAAACACUUGGGGUGAAAUGUUCAAUCUGAUGGCGAACUGCUGCAACUGGUUGAAACGAUGGAGAGAACCUGCAAGGAAGGUGACAUUAGUAAUGGUUGGACUGGACAAUGCUGGAAAAACAGCUACUGUCAGAGGAAUCCAGGGAGAAAGUCCUUUAGAUGUAGCACCUACAGUGGGCUUCUCAAAGGUGGACCUGAAACAGGGCAAGUUUGAGGUCACAAUCUUCGACCUGGGUGGCGGGAAGCGUAUCCGCGGCAUUUGGAAAAACUACUACUCUGAGUCUUACGGAGUGGUGUUUGUUGUGGACUCCAGUGAUGUUCAAAGGAUCCAGGAGACCAGAGACACAAUGGCUGAGGUUCUCCGGCACCCUCGUAUCGCAGGCAAACCUGUAUUAGUACUGGCUAAUAAACAGGACCGAGAUGGGGCAUUGGCUGAAGCUGAUAUCAUUGAGACGCUGUCUUUGGAGAAGCUUGUGAAUGAGAAUAAAUGCCUCUGUCAGAUUGAACCCUGUUCUGCAGUGCUGGGUUAUGGUAAGAAGGUUGACAAAUCCAUUAAGAAUGGCCUUAACUGGCUCCUGAAUAACAUUGCCAAGGACUACGAGGCAAUUUCAGAGCGUGUGCAAAGAGAUACAGCUGAGCAGAAGGCUCAAGAAGAACAAGACAAGAAGGAAAGGGCAGAGAGAGUCCGGCGGAUCAGAGAGGAGAGAGACAGACAGGAGCGAGAAGAAGCAGAGCGAGAAGGAAGGACAUUGAAAGAGGAGGAGCUAGAUGAUGUCAACAUGUCCAACCCAUUCCAGCCAAUAAACAGUGUUGUUAAUGAGAAUGAAGACAGACUAAACAAAGAGAAAGAGAUGCAAAGACAAAGAGAAAAUGGCGAGCAGGGUAGUGUGCAAGAGCAGACAACCCUUCAAGAUGAGGAUGAAGAGGAAGAGGAGGAUGAAGAGAGCGAGAGACAGACCCCGGAGAGCACAGAAUCAGGAGCGGUGGACCAGACCAAAAAGAAAACUAGGAAAUUACGAUUGAAACGUAAGCACAGAGUCGACCCUCUCAGAGUGGAAGAAGCAGCACCCAAAAGCCCAACCCCUCCUCCAUUACCAGUUGGAUGGGCUACUCCUAAAGUCUCUAGGCUCCCCAAACUUGAGCCUCUUGGAGAUACGAGACAUUCUGAUUUCUAUGGCAAACCUCUCCCACCUGUAGCAAUUAGGCAGAGGCCGAACAGCGAUACUCAUGAUGUAAUUUCCUAACACUACCUCUGCUUCCCCCCCUCACUGGUUUACAAUUCUCAAGUAUUGUUUUGUUCUUAUCUUCAAGCACGGGCAGUGUAGCAAACUACGCAGAUGCAAUUGCCCAUAAGCGAGGAACUGAUACCCAAUCGACAAACCCAGACGGAUCACAUGACCUCGAGCAACUUCUGGCCAGCAGAAGCUGUUUAAAUAAGAUGGGGGACUUGGACAUUCACUGUACGACAUGUUCAGAUAAUGUUCUUAAAUUUAGUACGGUUCAAUAUUUUACUUUCUUUAAAGCUGUUUUUCUUGUUUUAAUCAAACUAUUUAAAAUCAGUAUUAACAGAAAUUUGAAACACAUUUUCACACUUCUUUGUGAAAAAUAUAUUACAGACCUAUUUUUUAAGAGAAUUAAAAUGUAUGUAAAUACAUAAGAGUUUAAAUUUGUGUACUUGAAAUUGUACAAACAUGUUUUUAUGGUCCACAUGCAUAUCUUAAGCUCUUGUGCAUAUAUAAUGUGCGGUUGAUUGUGACACAGUUUGCCUUUAAAAUAUCAGAUGGUCUUUUUUUCAGCUGCAUUUCUAGGUUUAUACACUACACUGUCUUAAUUUUGAGAAUGACAUUCAUACUUUCAAAUAGCACCAGCAACAGAUACAGAGAAAGUGAACUUUUGAAAUGUUUUUGCAACCUCAUUUUUGAGUUUGAAACUGCAUUUUAUUCUCACAUGUGGUACGCUGUGCUUUAUCACGGAGGAAAGCAUCAUGUUCUGAAAGACGAUGAUUCUAUAAUUUUGUGAUUUACAGAUAAGAUAUUCCACUGUAAGUGUAACAGUGCUCAACCUCAAAUAGAAAUACAUAUUUUAAUGUAUAAUGUCAUAUUGUAAAAGCUGCUUUCAUAUUUAUUUGAUGCCAUUGCCAUUUUUUUUAUAUUUUACAUUGUUUGUUUUGUUUUGUAUUUUACGCCCCACACUAAUGUUUAGUUGAUGUGUCAUCCAGUUUGCUCUGCUUUCAGUACCUGCUUCUUUUGUACCCAGUUCACAUUUAAUAUGAAUGUCAAAUUAAAUAUAUUAUAAAAAUG